UAGAAAAAACCCAAAGGCUCACCGAUGCACUGGGGAGUGUGCUUCAUUUGAUGGGACAAGCCUUGUUUCCUAAGAUCUCUGGGAGCAGAAUGAACUUCCUGGAGGACCGACUGUCCAAUCAGGAGCGGACGACAGCGGCGCUGCUGGAGCAGGCAUUUCGGAUCAAGGAAGACAUCAUCACCAACCUGCGGGGGACCCAGGGCACCUACCAGGCAGAGACUGCCGCGAGAACACUGCUGGAGAACCACAUCCAGACCAUCACCAACAUUGUCAAGCAGCUCAGCACAGACAUUGAGGUCUUGGAAGGACAGAUCCUCCAGCGGGAUGGAGUUUCUUCAGGAACAAGCUUGGCAGUUCAGAGUCUGGAUCACAAGCACCUGGCUGGGAUUGGAGACCUGCGGGGAAGAGUGGCCAGAUGCGAUGCCAGCAUCUCCAAACUGUCUGGAGAUGUGAGUUCUUCCAGCCAUGAGAUCCAGAAACUACAGAAAGAAACCCAUGAUGUGAAGUCAGCCUUGGAAAUGCACAUCAAAGACCUUGAACUGAAGAUAACGCAGUUGCUGGGGAAAAUGGAAACAUCCCUAUUUGAACAGAACUCAAACUUAAGAGCAGCUCGAGGGGAUCAACUCCAUGAACUUCAGCUGCUAGAUGUAAAGACCCUAGGUGCUCUGGCUGAUCUCCGGGAGCAGAUUCACAGCCAGCGGAAGUGGGCUGAAGUGCAGCUGAGCCAGACCCAGCAGGUCCAGACUCAGGGCACGGAGCAGCUCCAGUCACUGCUGCGGGAAAGAGCGGAAAUGACAGAGAAGAAAAUGCAAGACAGCAUGAACCUCCUAACCGUCAGACUGGAAAAAUGUGAAGAGAGGCAGGAACUUGAAAUCAGGGCGAACAGAGCGAAGUACUCAGAAGACAAGCUCACCGCGAGGAUUGGGAGAGCAGAGAAGAGGAUCUGGGAGGAGCUUGAGCUCAUGAAGAGCGAAUACAGAUCAGGCUUCCAAUCGAUCCAUGACGCUAUCAGCUCCCUGCGGCAGAUAAACGAGACCAACAACAGGAUGCAGAAAGAGAAGGUCCAGAAUGACAUCAAGCAGAUCAGGAGGAAGAUGGUUGAACUGAAAGACGUCUGACUUGACAUCUUGAAAUUGAACAAGUGAAAGCCUAAACUGGUAGAAUUGUAUAUUGCCUGUUCCAAUCAUUUGUGUGUGUGCUCUUUUUUUUAAAUCUCUUAAAUCAUGCUAUUUUCCCAAAUUCACCGAUUGUAUUACUGUAUGGGUCGGGGCCCAGGUGGAGCAAUGGGCUCCAGUGCUAGUUUCACCUCUGGAAGGCUGAAUCCAGCUCAGGUCCCAUGCAAAAUAAGUUUGGUGGGCUUAACUUCCCCCCUCAGUGGACAGCAGUACACUUCCUUACAAUUCAGAAUAAUGGUCAAUGUGCACCACAUGGUGGGCAUGUAGCCACAACUGCUCCCUCACUCCCUUCAACAUCUUUUUUUUUUUUUUUUUUUUAGAGAAUUUUGCCUUACCAGGGAAAUUGAUUACCCCUAAAAACAGAAGUUUGGUGUAAUCUCAGGAUAAGGUGGUUGAUGCAAUCUGGAGCGAUUCCCCAGUUCUGUAAAAGGCUCUAUUAAAACCCAGCUUGUUUUUAUUGGGGAGAGAUUAAGGUUGAUCAAAUCAACCCCUAAUGGCAAGAAGACACAUAAUUCAGCUGAUGCCGUCAUCAUCAUCAGUACAAAGGGGGACAGUUUAAAUGAGUUCCUAUACAGUACAUUCAACAGGGCAUUAGCUGAAGCACAGGUCUGUGUGCCUUUGUUUCUUAUAAAUGUAACCUCAAUUUAUGCCAGCAUGUCUGAAGUCACAAAUGAACUACCAAAAGCGUCGCACCCACGAGUAAGCUUUCCAGCUGCUCUAUGACUGGAGAGAAAAUGUUCCAGCACUCUAAACUAUAGAUUUAAAAUAUAUAGUUAAAUACAAAUUAUUAAACAGUAAAGCUAACCAAUUUAAGUAGCUUGGUUUAUUGAACUGCAACCACAGUAUAAACAGCAGCUCUCUUUUCUGCUUCCCCACUCUUUGGGUAUUUUGUGUUAUUUUAAUUAUUUUUGAUACCAUAAAAAGAGGUUUGAUAAUCUUGUUAUUGAUCCCUUUGUUCUGUAAAACAAAACAUUGUACAGUAGUAAAGUGUUAUUUUAUAUAAAAUGCAUGUAAAAAUUACAAUAAAACACA